AUGGCGUCGGGGCAACACGAGGAACGAGCUGAGGCAGCUUCGAAAAUUGCUGCCAAAGAACUUGAACAAGCCAACAGAGAGAGAGACCGAGAUGCCGCAGCUGGGAAACUUGCUGCCAAAGAACAUGAGCAAGCCAACAGAGAGAGAGACCGAGAUGCCGCAGCUGGGAAACUUGCUGCCAAAGAACAUGAGCAAGCCAACAGAGAGAGAGACCGAGAUGCCGCAGCUGGGAAACUUGCUGCCAAAGAACUUGAGCAAGCCAACAGAGAGAGAGACCGUGAUGAUGUGGGUGUCGUGGACAAGCAACACGAUCAAGAAAAACGUGGUGUGAUCGGGUCCAUGUUGAGGGCGGUGCAAGAAGCAGUGGUGGGAAAGAAAGAAUCACCUCCUGCGAACCCCUACACCAAAGAGGUGAUUCAUGAUGUUACUAUCCAACCUGAUAAGGUGCCAACAGGGGAAGUGAGAGACAUAUCAGCCACCAAAUCUCCAGGGGUCUACGAUUCUCCUGCCACAGACAAAACUGGUUCCAAGGCUGGUGAAUAUGCAGCUUAUGCUUCUGAGAAGGCCAAGGAAACUAAGGAUGCAACAAUGGAUAAAGCUGGUGAGUAUGCUGAUUAUGCUUCUCAGAAGGCCAAGGAAACUAAGGAUACAACAAUGGAUAAAGCUGGUGAAUACGCCGACUAUGCUUCUCAAAAGGCAAAGGAAACUAAGGAUGCAACAAUGGAAAAAGCUGGUGAAUACGCCGACUAUGCUUCUCAGAAGGCCAAGGAAGCGAAGGACAAGACUAUGGAGAAGGGUGGGGAGUAUAAGGACUAUGCCGCUGAGAAGGCUAAGGAAGGAAAAGAUGCUACGGUGAAUAAGAUGGGAGAGUAUAAGGACUACACUGCAGAGAAGACGAAAGAAGGGAAAGAUAGUGCUAUGGGGAAGCUUGGGGAGCUGAAGGAUUCUGCUGCGGAUGCUGCUAAGAGGGCUGUGGAGUACUUGAGCGGCAAGAAGGAGGAAACCAAGGAGAAGGCCUCAGAAACCGCGGAGGCAGCUAAGAACAAGGCUGCGGAGACAGCAGAGACGGCGAAGAAUAGGGCGGCGGAGAUGAAGGAUGCAGCGAAGGAGAAGGCCGCUGAAACUGCGGAAGCAACGAAGAACAAGACUGCUGAGACGGCUGAGGCAGCUAAGAAUAAGGGUAGGGAGAUGAAGGAGAAGGCUGCAGAAACUGCGGAUGCAACAAAGAACAAGACUGCCGAGACGGCUGAGGCAGCUAAGAAUAAGGGUAGGGAGAUGAAGGAGAAGGCUGCAGAAACUGCGGAUGCAACAAAGAACAAGACCUCGGAGGCAACUGAUGUGGCCAAGCAUAAGGCUGCGGAGAUGAAGGACAAGGCUGCAGAUGCCACAGAGGCGGCAAAACAGAGAACUGCACAGGCAAGGGAGAAAACCAAGGAGGAUUUGAGUGGUGCAGAUGAAGCUGCAAGGAGGAAAAUGGAGAACCUAAGGCUACAAGACAAAGGGUUCAAAGAUAUACCUGAGGGGCGUGGAGAAAAAGUGGUGAUGAAAGUGGAAGAGAGUCGACCGGGGGCAAUGGCGGAUACACUGAAAACGGCGGAUCAGAUUGCGGGACAGACCUUCAACGAUGUGGGACCCUUGGGCGAAGAGGGGGUCAAGGUGGUAAAAAAGAAAUAA